CCCCACACCCGCGCUCGGCCUCGCGGAGGAGCGGCCAUGCCGCCGCGGCGCAGCAUCGUGGAGGUGAAGGUGCUGGACGUGCAGAAGCGGCGGGUGCCCAACAAGCAUUAUGUCUACAUCAUCCGAGUCACGUGGUCCAGCGGCUCCACCGAGGCCAUUUACCGGCGCUAUAGCAAGUUCUUUGACCUCCAGAUGCAGAUGUUGGACAAAUUUCCUAUGGAGGGAGGACAGAAGGACCCAAAACAGCGGAUCAUUCCCUUUCUGCCAGGCAAAAUUCUCUUCCGAAGAAGUCAUAUUCGGGAUGUGGCUGUCAAACGAUUGAUACCAAUUGAUGAAUACUGUAAGGCCCUGAUCCAGCUUCCGCCAUACAUCUCUCAGUGUGAUGAGGUGCUGCAGUUCUUUGAGACAAGACCUGAGGACCUGAAUCCCCCCAAAGAGGAACAUGUUGGGAAAAAGAAAUCUGGAAGUGACUUGACCUCAGUGGACCCCAUGGUCCUGGAGCAAUAUGUGGUGGUGGCAGACUACCAGAAGCAAGAGAGCUCAGAGAUCAGCCUCAGUGUGGGGCAGGUGGUGGACAUCAUUGAGAAGAACGAGUCAGGUUGGUGGUUUGUUAGCACUGCCGAAGAGCAAGGCUGGGUCCCUGCCACCUGCCUGGAAGGGCAGGAUGGUGUGCAAGAUGAGUUUUCCCUACAGCCUGAAGAAGUCUCAUGGAGGUACUGGUCUUUGCCCCGGCCCACAAGCCGCCGCCGGACUCUGGGCGACUUGUAUGCCAUCACCUGGCGUCAAGAGGAGAAGUACACAGCUAUCUAUCCAUAUACGGCUCGUGACCAGGAUGAAAUCAACCUGGAGAGAGGGGCCAUGGUGGAGGUCAUCCAGAAAAACCUGGAAGGCUGGUGGAAGAUCAGAUACCAGGGCAAAGAGGGCUGGGCCCCAGCCUCCUACUUAAAGAAGAGCAGUGGAGAGCCCUUACCCCCCAAGCUGGGCCCUGGCUCACCCACCCACUCAGGCAUCGUUGACCUGGAUGGAAUUUCCCGCCAGCAGAACUCAGUGGGCAGGGAGAAGGAGCUGCUGAACAACCAGCGGGACAGCCGUUUUGAAGGCCGCCCAGUACCCGAUGGUGACAUCAAGCAGAGAUCACCCAAGAUGAGACAGAGACCCCCACCUCGCCGGGAUAUGACAAUACCUCGAGGUCUCAACCUGCCCAAGCCGCCCAUCCCACCGCAAGUGGAGGAAGAGUAUUACACCAUUGCUGAGUUCCAGACCACCAUUCCUGAUGGCAUCAGCUUCCAGGCCGGCCUAAAGGUUGAGGUGAUUGAGAAGAACUUGAGUGGCUGGUGGUAUAUUCAGAUUGAAGAUAAGGAAGGAUGGGCCCCAGCAACCUUCAUCGACAAAUACAAGAAGACCAGCAAUGCCUCGAGACCCAACUUUCUGGCUCCAUUGCCCAAUGAGGUGACCCAGCUCCGGCUGGGGGAUGCAGCAGCGAUAGACAACACAGGCAGUGAAGCCAUAGGCCCCUCCCGGCCCCUGCCCGAUGCACCCCAUGGUGCUGUGGACUCUGGCAUGCCGUGGUCCAAAGACUGGAAGGGUGGGAAGGAGAUGCUAAGGAAGAUGUCUUUGGACAUGUCCUCGUGUGCAGGCUAUGAGGAGAUCUCAGACCCUGACCUGGAGGAGAAACCCAGCCUCCCACCCCGGAAAGAAUCCAUCAUCAAGUCAGAGGGGGAGCUGCAGGAGCGGGAGCGGGAGCGGCAGAGGGUGGAACAGCUCAGGGGCUCUUCACCCAAGCCUCCUGGCAUGAUUUUGCCAAUGAUUCCAGGUAAACACGUCCCCCUCUCCCGGGACAGCAGGAGACCAGAACCCAAACCAGAUAAAAGCAAGUUGUUCCAGCUGAAAAAUGAGAUGGGGCUGGAGUGUGGUCACAAAGUACUGGCCAAAGAAGUGAAAAAGCCCAACCUCCGGCCUGUCUCCAAAUGCAAAGCUGACCUCCCCGAGGAAAAGCCAGAAGCCAUUACACAGAACCCCUUCUUGAAGUCCAAACCUCAGGUUAGGCCCAAACCAGCUCCUUCCGCCAGGACAGAGCCACCUCAGGGCGAAGACCAAGUGGACAUCUGUAACCUCAGGAGCAAGCUCAGGCCUGCCAGGUCCCAGGAGAGACCCUUCUUGGAUGGGGAGAGCAGCCACCAGGCUGUUGGGGGUCAAGACGGGGCCUUCGGCCGCAGCCUUCUCCCUGCAGAGGGACCUGGCCGUGCCCAGGACCGGACAGGCAAGCAGGAUGGGCUCGGCCCAAGGGAGGUGGCCUGCAGAGCCCCACCCAGGCCAGCCAAGACUGCAGACCUCGUGCCUAAGAAUGCUCCCAGCCCUCUCCAAGAGGCUCUUCAGCAGCGGCCUGUGGUCCCACCCCGGAGACCACCUCCCCCCAAGAAAAUCUCCUCAUCAUCCAGGCCACUUCCAGAGGUCAGAGGCCCCCUCCCAGAGGUCAGAGGGCCCCUCCAAGAGGUCAGAGGGCCUCAGCGUGAGGCCCAUGAAGGCAAGAUAGCUCCUGCCCCAGGCCGGGCACUGCUCAUCCCUCCAAAAGCCAAACCUUUUCUCUCCAACUCUUCUGGGGGCCAAGAGGACUUGCGAAGCAGAGGCGGGCUGGGACCACGCGGGACAAGCAAAGUGGGAGAAAAUCGGGAAAAAGUGACCACGGCCUCUCCCCUCCACACAGAUGGCCCAAAGGACUCUUUAUAUGUGGCUGUGGCCAACUUUGAAGGAGAUGAAGAUACCAGUAGCUUCCAGGAGGGGACAGUGUUUGAGGUCCGGGAAAAGAAUAGCAGUGGCUGGUGGUUCUGCCAGGUCCUGAGCGGAGCACCCUCCUGGGAAGGGUGGAUUCCUUCCAACUAUCUCAGAAAGAAGCCGUAGUCUCCUGCCUCCUGCCUGGAGGUCCCACACGCCCCUGGUGGCUUUACCCCAUAUUUAAUAUGCCUCUUAAUUUAUCAUUCUCCACACAGCUCCGAAGGAUGGCAGACUGGAGCACUGUGGUUUCUUCCCUCCUGGGGGUGGAGAGUGAUCCCCCACCACAGCAUCCUCUGGAGACUCAGAGGCCACACCCUUGUUUUUCUCCAUGUCAGCAUCGCUGCCUUAAGGCCGCUGGAAUUGCCACCAAUGUCCCUGCCCUCCCAGCAGCAGGACCCUGAUGCUCCAAACUCUCUAGGACCAGAGCUCCCAAACUGCAGGAAAGGGCUCUAGUGGCUUGGACCAGGCAUAGUAAGGGGCAGCCCUCCUUGAUGCCCCGCCCAGUCCGUGAUGACUUGCUCUGCAUCCUCCUGUUUCUUAGAGCUCAGUGACUUUAUUCAUUCCGUUUCCAAAAUGCCUGUUACCAGAGUGAACAUCCAGUAGAAGCCGGCUCCAUAGCCAAUCCCAGGGAGGUGUCCUCUUUCUGAGGCCUCAGGUCCACAGGCCUCUCAGGGUCAACCAGAUGCAGCUGCCCCAAGAGUGGGCAUGGAGGUCCACUGGGCCAUCAGCCUUCAUCGGGUGUCAUGGGACCCUGAUCGGUCCUACAGGGGUUGUGCCAGCCCCAAGCUUGAGUCACUUUCCUCUGCAGCCUCCUGUCCAUCUCAGACUUUGAAACAAGAACCCAUGCCCCUUCUUGGAGCAUUUUACUCUUGUCUACCUAGAGCAAGAAUCUUCGGGUUGGCUUAUAUAAGAGGGUCUUGCACAGGCUACUCGCCUUAUGAGAUUCCCCUAGCUGAGUAGCAAGUAGGUGUUAAUUGCUGUCCUUGGCCUUUAUAAACAACCCUCUCGUAAUAUUAUUCCCUUUUUAUUGAUGCAGAAACUUGGGCUCAGUGUGCCUGGGGCAUGCUAGCUAGGAAGAGGAGGAAAGAGGUUUUGCCAUCAAUGCCUGUGCCCUUCCCUCUGGAAAGGCGAGCCAGAACGGGGAAAGGAGCUCGUUAUGAGACCUACAGGGCUUCCUUGUUUGGUUUGGGUGAGGGGCAGUUGGUGGCUGUUCCCACAACCAACACCACUCCCACCCGCUGCCACAUAGACAGAAAGCUACUCCUGACCCAGGUGGUAGGCACUGAGCCCUAUUCCCUACUCCUGAGCUGGUGCUCCCGCUGGGGGGUGGGUCGGGGAGCUGAGAUGGCCUCACAUGCCAGCCUCCAGGGGCUCUGGUGGCUCAAGGGCCAGCAGCUGCAUCUCCAAGCUGGACAUGGCAUUCCAAAGUCCCAAAAGGAGCUAGGGGCCCAGGGCCAGACGAAAAACUGCCCUUCUGCUUGGCUGCAUCCUGCUACUUGACACUGGUAGCGAAGCUUUCUUGUUUUCCCCCAUGGACUCUCCCUCUGUUGUGCCACUAGGAGGAAGCCAGGGAAGCCCUUCCACGCAUGCUGACAGGUAUGGUUUGCUGAGGUCUGCAGGCCGUGGGAACCAUCAGUGCGCCUGUAGCCCCCACUUGCCAGGGCACUUUGCAGGAGCCUUGGAGGGAAGAUGGCAGCCAGGCUGGGAGAGAGCCGCUAACAUGUUUCUCUGAGUUUUUAAUCCACUUUGGUUUAAAUGGCCUUUGUGAAGCUGUGCUGCAGGAUUUGCUAUACUUCAAAACACAAAUUUUUUUUUUUUUUGCUUUGAUUUGCUUUCUGCAUUCGUUGACCUUUUCAUUCAUUGUGAGCACCUAUUAGGUGCUAGGUGCUAGGUAGUCCAUGAUGCAUGGGACUCCAUGCCUGGCUGUGGAGAACUGUGAGUUUUAUUUGCUGAUUCCACUGAACAGGCUUGUCUUUGGCCUCAUUCCCUCCUCCCGGGCAGCCACUGGGUGGGAAUGAACUGUUCCCACCUCUCUCUGGACAGAAAGUUUUCCUGCAAAGGAAAGAACUGCCUUUUUAGUAGUAGUAGUAGUAAUUAGUAGUAUAAUAGUAGUAGCAGUAGUAGUAUUCUGAUGUGAACUGAAGGUACCGAGGCUACAUCCCUCCCUGUUCACUGUCUUUCCUCAGGACACUCUGGCCUUGAGGACACCUCUCUCCAGCUCCUACCACAGCAGUGGGCACUUCCCUUGGCAGCUGGAAGGUCUUGAUGGCCAGUGGCCCUCCCCAAGCGCUGUCUUUGCCUGGGCACUCAGGUUCAUGGCAGCCGGGACCGUGGCCACUAUUCUGUAAGAAUCUUUGACAGAACAUAUUGCAAAACUCUUGGAGUUCCAGUCAUGGGAAAUGUCCCAGGCCAACAGCAGAACUCCCUGCCAGGCUCCGGGCAGGUCAGCAGUGCCUGGACCCACCCCAUCCUUUAUAUCUGAAUCCUCACAGCAAUACUGUGAGGUUCAGAGGACCAGUCCCCAUCUGCAAUGAGAAAACAAGGGGAUGAAGUUACUGCCCUGUUAGAUGCUCCCCCAUCUAAAUAGUGAUGAGCUGAGAUUGGAAUCAGGUUUUUUUCUCCCCAAUGCCCUUGACUGCCUCUGCCAUCAGCAGCGAGAUGACCAUGCAGCUUCCAAGGAAGCAGCUGACCUCUCUGAAUUUAGGUUUCAGCUCCCCCCUCCCUCCACCCCAUGAUCAUGCAUGUCAGUGGGUCAUAGGUCAUAGGUCAAAUGCCAACCCCAAAGGCAAGCAAAGGUAGAUAUUUUAUUUUUGCCUUUUUUUCAGUCCUGCUUCCUUCCUUGUAAUGACUCUCUAAUAACCUGGGACAAAACUAUAGCUUGUGCCAUUGUAUCUUUGGAACAGCCACGUUUUAGGAGCACUACUUGAUUUAAAAAAAAAAAAAAAGGUGGAGAGGGCCUUUGCUCAGAUUGUUCACUCAGUAUCUCCUUGCCCUCUCAGUCUAUGUCCUUGUCCCAGGCUCAGACUUGGGGAGAGCUGGGCUCUAGUUCCACCCAUUUUUAAUGUCCUGACCCACUGAAAAUUGCUAGAACCACAGCAGGCUUCCAGGUGCCAUGGAGGGUUCUGCCCCAGAGCCCCUGUGUAUCAUCCAUCUUCUUUGGCAUUUUUGGCCUUAAAACAUUUUGAUCCCACUGGGGAUUUCUUUGGGUUAAAUAUAGCCAAGUAAACUUGCUGCCUUGGAGAGCAAGUGCUGGGUCUCCCCAGGGUCUGGUAGGACCGUAGAAUAAGGGAUGGGACAGUCAAAUUCAGCCUCUGUCAAGUACCCAGCACUGAGUGGGGUAAAAAAGACAUUGCUCCCGUCCUCAAAAUAAUUGCCAGCAGACAUGAUCAAAAACAAAAACAUCGAUGGCUUGUCCUGUGUAGUCAUUGUGCCUCAUCUCUUAAGUGUUGGAUCAGGCCACCUCGGGGAAGUCUUGGCCUUGCGUGGCUGUCCAGGCACAUCCUUCAGAGCUUUUGCUACAAACAGCCAUAACAGACCAUAGACCAGAGAUUACCUAAAUGUCAAAAGUGUGUGGCCUGUUUAAAUGAGGAAUUGGCUGUAUGGAGGCCUGAUGGUGUGGGAUGCGCUUCUCACCCUGUAGGCUUCCUCCUAAUUUGGCUGAGGUUCUAAUGUCUACACAGACCACAGCCCCGAGAUUCCCUGGCCAAGUGGUGUGACCACGGUUCAAACCAGGAGGCUCCACGGGCUUCACUUUCCGAGGAACCCACAGAUUUGACGUCCAGCUCUGUGAGGUAAUAACUGGUUUCUGGGCCUACCCUGCCAAGUUAUGGAGCCUCUCAUCUUGCUAAACAUUCCAUGUUCCUCUCCCUUUCAUCCUCUAUCCCAUAACUAUAGUCAGGACAAGGGGCUCAAGCUCUGUUGUCCUUGAAGAGGCCAAACCCAGUGCCACAGCCAGUGGCCUUCACGUUCAGGUCUAUAAACCUGUCCCAGCAGGUUUGUUACAGCAAUAAGCAAUCCUAAUACAGCUAAAGUGACCAAGUGUAUCCCAGCGUCUGCCUGUCACUGCGUUGGUGCCAUAUAAUUGAUGGCUGUGCCCCUUGCCCUCUUACAGGGUGAUGACAAACUAAGGCCACCUUAGCUACAACUCACAUUCCCUGCUUCAGGGAGUCACCCAGUAACAAGGCCAUUUGCAUCCCUCCAGAGACGGUGGACACUGACAACAUUGCCUCAUUUCUGCUUUUGAAUGACCUGGAUGUCCCUGGAUUUCUCAUUACUCUUCAUGCCCUCAUGGCAAACUGACACAUUUGGUGGUGGUAUUUGUUUCCUUUUAAUAUGAAAAAAUACAUGAGGAUAUAUAAUGUGAGGGGGGAGGGUGAUGGACAAUUAGUUGUAGCACGUAUAGACUAUAUACCAUUAGAAUUUUUCUUUUUUUUUUUUUUAAUAAAAAAUGUGCU